AUGUCUGCGGAGCCCAAAGAUGUCUUCGGCCAUGGCACCGAAGAAGACCUCACGCUUGAGCACCUGGGCUAUCAGCAAGAAUUCAAACGGUCGUUCGGCCUCUUGGAUAUGAUAGGCUUCAGUUUUAGUAUCGUUACCUGCUGGAGUGCACUCAGUGGUGUAUUCAUCAUUGGAGUAGAUGCCGGUGGUCCACCGGUUAUGCUCUUCGGAUGGUUAGGCGUGUGUGUAAUCACCUUUGCGGUUGCCCUAUCCAUGGCAGAAUGGUGCUCAAGGUGGCCUGUAGCGGGAGGGCAGUAUUCAUGGGUCUUUCUGCUAGCACCACCAAAAAUCGCUCGAGAGAUGUCGUACAUAACGGGGUGGUUCAUGCUAAUGGGUAUUCUCGCCAUGGGCUCUGCGAACAACUCGUUCGCAGCCAACUUCAUCCUCGGACAAGCAAACCUGGUAUAUCCCGGAUAUGUAAUCGAACGGUGGCAUACCGUCUUGGUCACUUAUGCAGUCGCAAUCUGGGCUCUUCUGGUCAAUAUGUUCUUGCCCCACCUGCUCAACCGCCUAUCCCGGGCCAUCCUGCUGUGGAACGUUUGCUCGUUCAUCAUCAUCGUCGUAAUUCUACUAGCAACCAACAAAAACAAACAAGAUGCCGCAUUCGUAUUUCAGGAUUUCCAAAACACAACCGGCUUUGGAUCCGCCAUGGCAACAAUGGUCGGAAUCCUUCAAAGUUUCUUCGGCAUGUGCUGUUACGAUACUCCAAGCCACAUGACCGAAGAAAUGACCCAUGCCUCGCGAGAUGCGCCCAAAGCCAUGGUCAUGUCUGUUGGGAUGGGCGCUGUAACAGGAUUCAUUUUCCUGUUGACGCUCUGCUUCUGCAUCGGCGACAUUGAUGCUACUGCAAACUCCUCCACCGGUGUCCCCGUGUUGCAGAUCUUCUACGACUCAACCCAAAGCAAAGUCGCGGCCUGCUUUAUGACUAGUAUGAUGACGGUGAUCAUGAUGGUAGCCUCAGUAAGUCUUGUUGCGGAGGGCUCCCGGGCGCUAUUUGCAUUCGCACGGGACCGGGGAAUGCCAUUCUCUGGGAUCUUAUCCCGGGUGGAGAAGAGGAGAAAGAUCCCGAUAUAUGCGAUAUUGUUCACCGUUGUGGUGCAAAUGGCUUUCAACUCGAUCUACUUUGGCACCGUCACUGGGUUUAAUACGGUUGUGUCCAUUGCGACCACGGGAUUUUACGUCUCCUACGCACUAGUUCUUCUUGCUCGCCUCCUCGGGUAUUUCUUUGGCCAUGACAUCGCUCCCGUCGACGGUCCUUAUUCUUUCCCGUUGCCCAUAUCGCUCAGCCUGCACGGGCUUGGGUUUCUCUUUCUGUUCUUUGCAUUCAUCACCUUUAACUUUCCGUCAGAUGCACCAGUCACUCCGGAUUCGAUGAACUACACCAGCGCGGCGAUCGGGCUGAUUGCGUUGCUGAGCAUUUUUACGUGGUUUACUACCGCUCGGAAGCAGUUCAAGGGACCGGCUGAUGUGCAGGGUUUGGUUGUAGAUGGAGUGGAGCAGGUGGGAGAGAUGGGGGAGGCGGGUGCUAGUUGUUCGGAGAAGGGGAAGUCAGAUACUUGA